ACAACUGUAGCAGCAACACCAGCAACAACAACUGCUGAUAAAGACCGGCUGGCAACAGCAACAGCAAUCGCAGCAGAGAAGCGGCCACUUGCAGCAGCAUAAUUUCAAAGUCGGAGCGUGGGAAUCGCAAAUCACGACGGCAGCAACAGCAGCAACAAUCAUCGCAGCACGGCAGCAACAUCGGCGCUCUCGUCGCUCUCCCUGUUGCUCUUUCCGCUCGCCAUUCUCCCGCUGGCGUUGCUCCGUCUCGCUCUCGCCCAGAGGGCCCCUCUCGCUCGCACUGCCUGGCGAGCGGUCGCGUAUAUUUGGAGGCGUUGCGGCGACCGCUCACGACAGUUGUGCUUGGAACGCUUCGGAGUGAAGAUCGUGCUCGUCCGAUCGGUGCGCGUGAAAAAUACACGGCGAAAAUAAAAGAAAUCCCCAAACAAUUGACACAAGUCACGAAAAAUAUGCACAAGUGAAAAAAAAAAUCAACUGAAAUUGUUUUUUACACACAAAUCUCGCACGUAAAUUAGCAAGCGUUCGCAAGAAACAAGCCGCACACCAAACACAUAAUAUUACAAAGUAACAGAAAAGAUAUUAAACAAGAAACCCAAAAAUUGUUCAAGAGACGAGAGACAGCGGAUAUACCGAGUGAAAUUUGUGUCAUAAGCAAAGCCAAAAUAAAACUGAAAAAGCCAAACAAAAUAAGAGUAGUGGCCAUAGGAAGUGACUGUGAAACUGUAAAGUGAUGUGUGGUAAUCGAAAAACAGCAUAAAGAAUGGCCAUAGACCUCCUGAUCCUGGCCCUGCUGCUCGUCUCAUUCCUGAUCAACCUGCUGGCGCUGUGUGCCUUUUGGAUAACGCCGGGCCUGAGGACCACCGCCAAUCGCUUCACCAUCAAUCUGCUGGCCAUCAAUCUGAUUGGCUGCUGCAUAUUGGCCCCCACUUUGUUCCUGGGCCUGCCGGGCAAAUCUGCGGAGCUAGCCUCUCCCGCCGGAGAAACCCUCGAGUUCUUCUCGAAGCCCGGGAACCAUCAGGUGAUCCUGCGUCGCAAUGGCCAGCUGGUGGAGCAGGACGGCGUGGUGCUGCGCAAGAAUAUCAGCGAAAACGGCGAUCUGGUGGAGACCUUCUUCAAGUGCAAUGCUACCUACUGCAGGGAGUUGACCAUCGACGAGCGCGGAGAUGGGGGCUUUGUUAUCACCGAGACGGAGACCCACGAGGAGAAUCUCUCGGCCUUCGAGAGUGCCCCCACGGAGUCACCCAUCCCAGCGCCAGUUCAACUGAGAUGUUGGUCCAUCGAUAUGACUGCGGCCCUGGGAGCUCUGGCCGUUCUUCUUGUGGUGGGUGAUACCUGGUGUGCCGUCACAGAUCCCCUGCGUUAUCACAGUCGCAUUUCGGGUGUAAAGACCUGGAUCUUCAUAGCCCUCACCUGGGUGGUGGGCAUACUCUUUGGGGCCCUUUCCGCCUUUCGGGUUCUGGACUUUGAUGCAGAUGCCUUGUUCAGUAGACAGCGUAGACUGGCAGUCACUUACUUCAAUAUCAGCAGUACAAACAGUAUUUUCGGAGUGAUCUACGCCAGUGUCUACUUCAUAGUGAUCAUACUCCUGCCCUUUGGCUUCGUGUGCGGCAUGUACUGGAGGAUCUUCAGCGAGGCGCGCGGAAAUGGGCUGCGCAUGCGCCAGAAUGGAUCGUCGCCACUCCUCCAGAGCGCCCUGAAUCUGACAGCUGGCCAGCAGGCGGCCCAGGCGAACCAGUUCUCCAAUAGCCUGUGUGUCCACAGGCACUCCAUAUCUUCUGCUAGUUCGCAUGGCGGAAAUAGCAGUCUGGGCAUGGGUUUGGGUGGUCUGCAGAUGCAAAUCGAUCAAAGGUCACAGCCCAGGAGCUCACCCAGCUGUCUACGCAGGGAUUCGGCGGCCAAAGUCCUGCUGCCCACCAUUUCCGAUGAUGGUGGCUCCGAUGUGGAUGCAGAGAGUGGAGCUGGCGUACAACUAAUGCCUGUUCAAGAGCACUCCCUGUCCGACAGGAAUCAGAACAUAAUGCUGACCCUGCAAACAGCCAGUGGGGAGAUCAAGAGGAACUAUUCCGCCAGGCAGUUGCCACUGCUGGGCACUUCCUCGCAGGACCUUCGGGAGGCUAAUCGUCUGCAGGGCAUUCGUCAGGUGCACAGCUCGCCAAAUCUCCACAAGUACACGGAGCUGCGGCAGGAUUCCCUGAGCGAGGAGUGUGGUUCACCUCAUCUGCUGGGCCAUGCCCAGCGACAGCAGCAGCAGCAAUCGCAGCAGUUGCACCUGCAACACCAGCAGCAACAGCUGCAACAUCACGCCCAGCAACAUCACCCGCACUUCAGUUCGCCGCGCCACCAGCAGCAGCACGGCCACGCCCUCCAGAUACCCGCCAUCCACGCCUCCCCCAAGGCCCUGAGUUACAUGAGCUCCCUGCGACAUCGUCUGAGCAAUGCCAGUUCGCUUUUCAAGUACCGCGAGGAGUCGAGAGCUGCCCGGAUCAGCAUCCUGGUGGUGGUGAUGUUCGUGGUCUCUUACCUCCCCUUUGGACUCCUGGUGCUCCUGCAAUCGCGGCUGUCGGCUGCCAACUUUGGAGGAUCCUCGCAGCUGGCCAUCUUCAUGAUCCUGCUGGCCAACCUGAGUUCGCCCUUCAUCUUCGCCUACAGAAACAAGAGGGUGCGACGUGGGGUCAAGCGUCUGUUUGGCCUGGAAUCUUCGGGAGGCCUGCAGCGCCACUGCAGCAGCAGUGUGAAGACCAAUGGCACCAAUGGGCCAACUACAGGAGCUUCAGGAGCACAGUUGCAGCGCAACAGCAGCAAGUUGUCGCAGUACAGCAGCAACAGCUGCCGCUACUUGACCCCGCAGACCUCGCUGGUCAGUCAGGUGCCAGUGCACACGACCUUGACCCUGAGGCCCAACAGCAGUUGCAGCACCAUCAUUAACUUUGGAGGAGGAGCUAGGAGCUCAGCCGAAUCCGACGAGCCACCGCCGGAAUCAUCACCCCCUGCGGUGACUGCCCUACCGCCCGUUGCCCGCCCAAUGCGUCCCAAAUUGCAAAGGGGCAUCACCAUCGUGGAGCACAUAGCUAUAACACCCACCACCCCACAAAAGUUCCAGCAUCGCGGGGCCAAACUCUUCGACAUGUUCUUCCGCAGCUCCAAGAAACUGCAGUCGGGCUGUCAGAGCCAGAGUUUGCCCACAGAGGUCUAAACACCAGGGGUUCUUAACUAUAUGUAUGAUAUAUACUUUAGAUCUUAGACAAACACUAAACUCGCGCUUGCUGAAGAAUUCUAAAAACAGUAUUCGUAAUUUGUAAGUUUAGCAAUUAGCAAAGACAACUGUUUGAAUUUGAGUUUUAAGACCAGAUCAUGCUGUCCUAGAAGCUUCUCAUGCCAAAAAACAAAAACAUAACACACAAAGAAGAAAGUCAAACUAGAGAGUUUGAGAUGCUUUAAAGUAAUACACAAAAAAAAACAAAGUACCUUUUAAAAAUACAACAAAAAACUGUGUACAAGUCAAAUUAACAAAGUUAGGAUGAACAGGAGUUAUAAUCUUAGGGUGGAUAUCAAACUGAAAAGUGGAACCAAACCAAGCCAAGUCGAGAUCGUAAUCAAUGUACCUAAGCAACAAGCAUAUGAACAUUUAAUGUUUUUACUCAAAUGAAAGCACAAACGAAAAAAAGAAAUAGCAAAGACAGCACAGUUUUCGAGCUCCCCUUUACUAAUUUAUUAUUUAUUGUAUAAUUGUAACGAUUGUAAAUAUUUAUUAGACAUCCACACCGCAAAGCUUUAACUCCAAACGACAUUCUGGCUAAAAACAAGAAGAGACGCAAACAUUCAAUUCAUAAGUUAAUUAAGUCAAUGUGCAAAGCAUAUGUGUAUUCUAGAGUUUAAGUUGUAGAGCCGAGUAGUCUUAGACCGAGCACCUAGUGCCGAGCAGUGCUUUUUCCACACAUGGCCAACUGGAGUGAUUGGCCGACUUUGCAGGCGGCAUUUUCAUAUUGAAAAUGCCUUUUGACCGGUGCAAAGUCAGCCUUCCAGUUGGCCAGAGUGUCAGUCAGCAGUUAGUUAACCCUUGGUUAGCCAACCGGCUAUCGAGCCAUUAAGUCAAUUUGCUUUUUCUAGAACACCGCGGGCAUUGCGUGCAGCUAAAUACCUCAUUAGUUUUAAUUUAAAGUGCGAGAUGGGCGGCGGCAAUAGGUCAAAGGUCGGAGCCAUCAAAUAGUGCAUGGUAAAUUGCCCGAUGGCCCCUGGCUAUUGUCAGUCCGCUCCAGGCCAGAAAGCUUUAUACCUUAAGUUCUCCCGCUUGAUUUCCCUCGGCUGCACACAAAAGAAAACCCAACACACAACACUAAACACUAAACAACCUCGAAUUUAUAUUUCUAAAGUUUAUAUUUUAUAUAGAGUGUGUGCAUAGGAAAUAUCUAUAAAUAUUCAUGCAUGUGUGUCGGACAAAGAAAAUAUUUCAAAACCAAUUAUUGUGAUGUUGAGCAAGGGGGCAACCAAGAAUGUAAUUUCGAAAUGCAUUAAAAAUAACUUAAAACAUGUAUUAAUAGUUAUACUAUAUACAAGCUUAUGUGUGUGUAUACAUACCUUUACUAAAUAGUGAUAUUUUUUCAAAUUUAUUCAACCGUCAUUCGCUAAACCAUUCGAUGUAAGCAAAAACGCAAAUGUAAAACGAAAAGUUCAAUGUGACAAAUUAGCUUUUAAUCCGAAAAGAAAAUGAAUUAAUACAGCAACAAUUGGUGGCUGAUGCAAGUCUAAUCCGGUAUUUUCCAGCCAAGCUGCUAAUAAAUUAAA